AUGACUACUAAACUAAUUCAAGAUCCAACUGGAUUCAGUAAAUCUUUUGAAACUACAUAUCCUAAUGACACAUCAUCAUCAUCAUCAACAAAUGAAUUCUUCUUCCAUAUAAUCAACUACAGUGACAAACAAAUUCUCAAUAUAUCCAUCAAUGGAUUAAUGGACACUACAUUUGAAUUACCCGUUUCAACUAAAUCGGCUAUAACUUAUGCUUCAGCAUUGGAAAUCCCUAUAGAUCAAUUUGAUGAUGAACAUGAACAAGAGGAAAUUAGAGAACGAGAAGUGAUACCUGAACCUAUUUUAUUGAUUGGAGAUCAUUCUAAUAUGAAAUUACUGAUUGUUGCCACUCAAAUUAGUAAAUUAAUUAGUAACAAUUGUCCUAAACCUACAAUACUAUCAAUAGGUUCUAAAUGGUUUGGUAAAGGAGAUGAAGUUGAUGAUAAUGAUUUUGAAAAAUUAAUGUUUAUUCUAGCAAAUGUAAAAACAUUGAUACAAUAA